AUGACUCAAGUAGAUGCUUUGAUUAUACAUUUUGUACUUCCCAACACCCUUGCUUCUCAGGAACAAUGUUCAGAUGAUAUAAAACUUGCUUCUGAGCUCGUUAUUAAAUUGGGUGGAAAAAUAGAAUGGAAAAGACCAUCAGAUUUUGAUACUUAUAAACCACAAAAAAAAGAUGUAUUUGUAUUUGAUAAAUUUGAAGGACCUGUUUUUGAAAAACUUAAAUCUAAUUCAUCUAAACAUGUAUUAAUAGGAGUAAAAUAUCUACUUACUUGUCUCUCAAAGGAUAAAACUAUACCUCCAAGCCCUUAUCCACUUUUUUCUGAAGCAAUGAGAAAUCUUAUUGUGACCAGUAGUGGAUUUGAUUUAGCGACCAAAAAGGUAAUCGAACAAAAAGUUCAAUAUAUGGGAGGGCAUUAUGACAAUGCUUUGAGAAGUAUUGUCACUCAUUUAGUCGCUAAAAAUAAUUUAUCGAAUAAAGCCAUACAUUCUUAUAAAAAUAAUAUAAAAAUCAUGAAAAUAUCUUGGAUAGAAGAUGUUUGGGAACAUAAUUUAGUAAACGAUGUUAAUGGCGAUGAUGAAAUUUUUCAACAUCACAUUUCGCCACUGUUUUUUAAUUUAAAAAUAACCACAUCUGGAAUUAGUAAAAAAGAAAAAGAUACCUUAAAAUCACACAUAGAAAAUAAUGGAGGACAGUUUAUGGGAGCUUUAGAUGUGAAUCAAACUAAUAUUCUUAUAGUUACAAAACCGGAAGGAGAAAAAUUUAGAGUUGCAAAAAAUAAGAAUCUUACUUGUGUCACUCCAAAAUGGGUUCAUGAUUGUGUCGCAGCUUCUGCAAUUUUGCCCUUUACUCCUUACACGAUCGAAUACAGCAGUAGCCCGAAAUCGUCAACACCAAAUGGGAAAAACUCCAAUGCCAAUAUGUCUGCCAACUUUACUGCUAACUUUUCCAUCAUUAAAAAACCAUCGUUUGAUUGUAGCAAAGCGAUGAAUAAUUUGGAUGAAACUUUAUCUACUCUCAAUAGUAAAACCAGUUUUCAAACUCCUAAAAAUUCAAAACAAAUAGAAAAUAAUAAAACAUUAAGUAGAUCAGAUAAAAAUUCAAAACAUUCUCACUCGACUACAAUCAAUAACAUUUUGUUGAAAAAUUUAAAAGAUGCUGGACAAUUUUUGGAUGGUUUAAAUAUUUUUAUAUAUGGAUUUCAAGCGGAAGAAAGUGAGAAAUUGAAGAAAAUUUUAAAUAAAGGUGGAGCGACUAGAUUUAAUGAAAUGUCUGAAUCUGUAACUCAUGUCAUAGCAGCCAGUGAAAACGAUGGUAACUUGGAAAAAUUUGCAAAAUAUGGGGCUUACAUACUUUCAAUUGGUUGGCUUGUCGAAUGUAUAAAAUUGAAAGGUAAAGCAAAUGAAAGUAAAUUUUUAUUGAUAAACAAUUCUACUAAUUCAUCAGAACCCCCAUCUCCCAUGAGCAAAAGAGGAGCACAACUUUUAUCACAAAAUGAAGUAAUCAGAAGAGAUUUCGAUUCUGUAUGUGAUCAAUUGGAAAAAAUUUCACAUUUUGAUGAAUUGUUAAAUAGGUAUAAUUCAUCUCAACCUGGAAUGCCUUUGGAUAAACCAAAAGAAACAAACGGGGAUUACGGCGGUGCAAACAUAGUCUCAAAUAAUUUUAAUAAUUUUAAUAAUCAAGAUGAGUCUAGCACCAGGUCAUCAGAAUUGAGCUCCGAUGAAUUUUUUGCUGGACUUUCUUUUUUUUUAUCAGGAGACCUAUCAGAGGAAGAAGUCAAAUAUUUGGAAGACUUAAUUGUUGAAAGGAAAGGUCGAAUAGUAAAAAAACGAGAUUUUGGAGUUCCAGAUUAUGCAGUUGUGCCCGUUAUUGGAGCCCUUCUGACCGGAGUAACAGCCAAGGAAGUUGUAAAUGUAUAUUUUAUCAAAGACUGUUGUGUCGAAGGAUGCGUUCUAACUCCUCGUUACUAUCAUCAACCGAUUGCUUGCGUAAGAAAUGUGACACCUUUAAAAAAUUGUAUUAUAUCCGUGAGUAACUACGUUCAAGGUGAAAGAGAAUUUAUGGAAUUGAUGAUAGAAGCAUUAGGAGGUAUAGCUCAAUCUUUAUUGGCCAGAAAACCUAAGCAGGGAGCAUUGAAAUCGACUCAUUUGGUAUGUGCCGAACCCCACGGUCAAAAAUACGAAGGAGCUUUACGUUGGGGUCUUCCCGUAGUUCAUCACGAUUGGCUUUUGAAAUGUGCAGCUCUCGGUGUUCGAGUAUCUGAAAAACCUUAUUUGGUCGGGAAUUGUAAAUUUUCACCCGAACAAAAAAACACAUCCGUCACUUCACAAACCUCUAAACUUUUAUCUAACGAAGUGCCCUGUCCCGCAGCUUUGCCGUCUAAUAAAUCCACCGAAUCUAGAACUGUUGACAAAUUACCUUCGCAACGUCCGGAACCUGUGACAGAAACAAGUUCGGGUUCUCAUCAAAUAACACCGGUUCAUAGCGCGUUAGCAAGAGUCAAAGCCACGGAAACUCCUAAAAGCGGUAACAGUCCAGAUCCUAACAAAACAAUAACUCCCACCUCACCCUACGGUGCGUUCUACGGAAAGGGUAGUCCUACGCCAGGAACAAGAAAACGCAUUUGGAAGUGGAUGAAUCAAGGGGUUGAAUUUCCCUUGGAUACUCCGACCAGAACAGUAGAAAUCGAAGAACCGUCGACGCCAAUGUCCGAAUUAAUAUCGAGACAUUUGGAAAUGCUCAAGAGAAAACCGGAAGACCUUCCUCCGGACUCACCCAGCGAAAUCCCAUUCAAACGUUUAAAUUUAGAUUUAUCCGAAAGUGAUAGUCCGAACAAAGAAGUUGUUGUUCACACAGGUUUAAAAAUGAUGAAACAAAUCGAAGAAAAUUACACGAAACACGACCUUAAAUCUCCCAUAUCGAUAAAGAAGACAGGAGAAUCCGAGGGUCAUCAAAUGGUGAUAGUUAGCGAAUCCCAGGCUCACACCGAAGUAGGUUGGGACGAUCCAUUAGAGAAAAUAAGUUUAGGCACGGUGGUAAAUUUAGACCGGGACAAUGGAAAGGAUAAAAAGCCGAAAGUUUUUAUGAUUUCUUGCAUAUCGAAACAAUUGGAAGAAAUCAAAAGUUUAAUAGAAAAAUCCGGAGGCGUGGUAUCGGGUUAUCCUUAUUUCGAUAACAAAGCCACGCAUUUGAUCGCUGGAAAUUUAACAAGAGCGGAAAAACUCAUGGGAAGCAUCGCAGCCGGAUUAUGGGUUUUGCAUCCCUCCUACAUCGAAGCAUUGAAAUCCAUUAAAAACGUGUACGAAAUAUCAGAGGAAGACUACGAAUGGGGAAGUCCGAAACAAAGAUUUCGUUUGAAUUUGUUAUCGACGAACGCCGCAGAUUUCGCAAUAUGUUCUUACUCGUGGAGAAUCGGACUCAAAGAUGGGGAAUCCCCUCCUUUUGAAAAUCAAAAAGUUGUCUUGCACGUAUCACAUUCGAAAUACGAUUCUUUUAAAAGACUGAUCGAAGCCGGAUGCGGUAUCGUCGUCAAAGGUCAACCUCCAAAUUAUUCCGGUGUCGAUGCCAAUCUUUGCUUGUACGAAGCUCACGGCAGCACUCAACCCAUUAAUUUUUCGUACCUGGCAAAAAAAAAAAUACCAUGCGUUUCAAUUUUAUACAUUAGUGAUACAUUGCUUAGAGAUAAAAACGCGUUGAAUAAAAAUUUGAUACCGGAAUAUUUGCAGCGCGAAUAG